CUGGACGAAAUCAAUCAUUCGCGCUUCUGCUUCCACACCCUUGGUUCGGGGAGGAAAUUCUCUGCUGCCACUCCGCCUCACAAAGUGGGGACCUUUUUGUUCCCCUUGCUUCACUCACCCAGCUUCCGGCGUCUAUGUGCGAUCCCCACCUCGUCUUGCGGUGGCCUCCUCUCCUUUAAUGUAUAUGGAAAUUGGGAGGAAAAAGUAAUGUGGAAGCUGAAAGUAUGACAUCUUUGAGAUUUUAGUCUAUUUGUUAUUUGAUUUGCACAAUCAAAUAACAUGCUCAGACUGCUUCCGACGCGAUCAUUCCUCUUUUUAAGAUCUGGAAAUCAUCAUUAUUUUGCAAAAAGUCAGCGUUUGAUAUCUUCACUUGGAGCAAUAAGAAGAGAAGCUACAGGAGUCAGGACUAUAGUGACUACACCUUAUCCUAUUCGACACAUGGCAAGCUCAACAAGUUCAAUAUCAAAAGCUACACAAGUGGCUGCAGCAGAUGAAUUGGAACAAGUUAAAAUACUAACAUCAACUAACGACAAAUAUAGUGGUGUUAUUGUCGAAAUGGAUGAGCCUAUGGACCCUACAACCUUCAUCUCAAUUCUGAGAGCUUCAAUUUCCCACUGGAAGCAGCUGGGCAAGAAGGGUGUUUGGAUAAAAUUACCUAUCCAUCUUGUCAAUCUUGUUGAGCCUCUAGUUAAGGAAGGCUUCUGGUACCACCAUGCAGAACCAAAAUAUUUAAUGCUGGUAUACUGGAUUCCUGAAGGUGCAAACACUAUUCCAGCAAAUGCAUCUCACCGAGUGGGUGUCGGUGCAUUUGUGAUGAACAGAAAACAAGAGGUCCUAGUAGUUCAAGAAAAAACUGGGCUAUUUCAGGGAACUGGAGUCUGGAAAUUCCCUACUGGAGUUGUUGAUCAGGGAGAGGAUAUUUGUGAAGCAGCCGUAAGAGAGGUCAAAGAAGAAACAGGAGUUGACUCAGAAUUUUUGGAGGUAUUAGCAUUCAGACAAAGUCACAAGUCAUUCUUUGAGAAGUCGGAUCUGUUCUUUGUGUGCAUGCUGCGCCCACUUUCUUUUGACAUUCAAAUCCAAGAUGUGGAACUAGAGUCUGCUCAGUGGAUGCCGUUUGAGGAAUAUGCAGCUCAGCCGUUUGUACAGAAGCAUCAACUUCUGAAGUACAUCAAUGAUAUAUGCUGGGAAAAGGUCAACAGACAAUAUUCUGGAUUUAAUACUGUGCCUUUAUCAUCAAAUUUUUCUGAGAAGAACAGUUAUUUGUACUUCAAUUCUGGAGACUGGAAGAGGUAUAGCUCCUUGGCAUCAUAAAAGUUUAAGCAACUAGAAACUAUUCAAUUUGAACAUCUUUGUAUUAUUUGAGUUAAUUUCCUGGUGAUAUAAAAUGCCUGUAUUCUUCAGCUAAGAAGCAGCAGUAAUUGAAUUAGACGAGUUCCUACCUGAAACACUUGCUUCAACCUGAAUUGUCAAGCGAACAUUUGGAAAUAAUUGCAAUAGAAGCAUCACUGUUAGCUAAA